UUAAGAUAAAUAAAUAACGGAUUACACCGGAACACCGCGACAUGUUCACCGUAAUCAUACGCGAGGUUCAAGAUUGUGCGCAGUGCGCAGGCGCGAACGUAUCGACCGGGAGGCCGACGGAGGCGCUCCAUGUGAGUUCACUUUGACUUCCGCGGCUGGACCCGCCGUGUAUAAUUGUACAAUAUUUAGCAAUCAGCGCCGCGGAUACGUAGCGAGGUGUCACCGCCGGCUUAGGACAGCCACAAUCCACAUAGAUGGACGGCGGGGACACGGCCACCCGUACACUUGAUCUAAGAAUACGUAAAGUGAAGAUCCGCGAGUGUUUCCACGACAGAGAGUGAGGAGUGUGGAGUGCGGCAUGCGGCUGCGACUGUGGUCGUGGUGGGCGGCGCUGGUGCUGGGCGCGGUGCGGGCGCGCGAGCUGGACCCGGCCGCCUGCGCGUCGCGCUUCGACGUGCAGCGCGACAAGAUCAUCCGCACGGAGGAGUCGCGCGACAUGGGCGCGCGCUACCUCUCCGAGCUCGACGUGGGCGCGCGCUCCGAGUGCUUGCGGCUCUGCUGCGAGACCGACGCUUGCGACGUAUUCGUCUAUGAGGAAAAGGGCCCCGGCAGCUGCUACCUGUUCAACUGCGGGCCGCCCGAGGACUUCCGCUGCAAGUUCACGGCGCACAGCAACUUCAGCAGCGGCGUGCUGGCCAUCAGCCGGCGGCUGGCCGAGCUGCAGGACCAGGAGCGCCUCGCGCACCACGAGCAGGAGCUCGCCAACCUCAGGAGCGGUGGCAGCAGCAGCACGGCUCGCACGACACCGGGCAGCACGGCGCCCCCCGCCCCCGCGCCCCCGCCGCCGCGCCCUGUGCCCUCUGCGCCACGCCCCACGCCGCCUCAUGAAGCAGAGCCUCCGUCCAGUGUCAUACCGUCGCGGUGCAGUCGGUACCAGUUCGCGUGUCGGCGCGGCGGCGAGUGUAUCGCCGUGUACAACGCGUGCGACGGCGUGCCGCAGUGCGCGGACGGCUCUGACGAAGCGCCCGAGCUCGGCUGUCCGCCUCCCGCGCCCCGCGCCCCGCCUUCAACCACACACAAGCCGCUGCACCAGGAGCGGUUGGCAGCAGAAUCGGCGCUGGCGGGGGAGAACGCGGCGGCCGGGGAAAGUGCACUGGCCGGGGAGGGCGUGCUGGCCGGGGAGGGAGUGCCCGCCGGGGAGGGCAUGCCGGCCGGGGGCGGCGCGCUGCCCGAGCGUUGGCCACAUCGUCUGGCGCAGGCGCAGCCGCCGCGCCGCUAUAGCGAGGCGGGGGCGAGCUCGCACAUCUUCAGCCACAAGGGCGGGCUGCUGCAGGAGCCGGAGGGCGGCGCUCAGUUCCCGGCGUUCGAGCCACCCUGGCCGCGUCGCGCUUGGCCACCCGCACCGCCGCAGCCCAACGGCGCAGAGGGCGCGUGGGGCGGCGCGUACUGGCCCGAGCCCGACCCGCGCCGCGCCUGGCCCGUGCCGCGCGCAGACCAGGAGAUCCCGGUGUACAUUCCUCCGAAGACGAUGCCUGAGAUUCCGGUGGUGUACUCGAGUCAGCAACAGACGCUGCGCGACAGCCCCAAGAAAGGCUUCGAGCUGGUGAGCAAGGAGAGCACGGAGCCACCGCCCGCGCCCCGCCCCGCGCCGCCACCCGCGCCCAAGCCGGUGCAGGCGAACAAGUCCACCGAGAACUCCGACAAGAAGGAGUCGUCUGUGGCGGCGCACGUGCACUACCCGGCCGACGAGCACGGCGAGCACGACGAGCACGACGGGCUCAGCGAGCACCCCCCCGCCGCCAUGAUGCUGCUCGUACUAGGCCUGUUCAUGCUGACGGCGAUCCUGGGCAUGUUGACGUGCCGGGCGCGCGCCGCGAUGCGCCGCCGCCGCGGGCGCGGGAAGUCUCCGUUCGCGCAUGACGCGGAUUACCUCGUCAAUGGCAUGUACUUGUAGCGCCGAGCCACGCUCAUACAAUAUCAUAUACUAAUUAUAUCUAUUUUUAGUUUUGUGUAGAUUAACAUUUCUAAAAUAAAGUAUCUAUAUUUUUAUUAA